AUGUCGAACUCCACAAAUUUAAAGCCUAAUCAACGAAUGAAAAUAAUCACAACAGGUUUGCAAAUUGAAAACUCAGGUCAAAAAGUUACUUAUGCGGAAUUGUCAAAAAAGACAAAUUUCGAUAAAAGAACUUGUAAGCUAUGGUGGGAUCGAAAAGAUUUAUUGUUGAAAACAGGAACAUUAUGUGAUCGUAAAAAAGGAAGAUCAGGUCGACCAAUUCAUCCAUCAGUUUCAAACAAACAAAAAAUCGAUCAUGCAAUUACCACUAAUCCAUCCAUUCAUGGUAUGUUUGUUGCAAAUCAACAUGCCUGUGACGUUUAUUUACAUGGAAAACGUCAAUUACGCCCAAGAAAACGAGUGGAAACAUGGGUUGAUGAACAAGUAAAUGAAGAAUCGUACUUACGUGGUUUAAGAAAUUGUGUCGUUCCAUUCAUGAAAGCAAGUAAUUCAAAAAUAUUGAUGUCAGAUUGUGUAAAUUUAAAUCAUACAUCAAAAAUUCGACAACUUUUAUCUAACAACGAAAUAGAAUUAUACGGAAGUGCUGGAUACCAUCAUCAGGUUGAGGGCGGCUAUCCACCGUAUUCUCAUGACUGUUCUAUAUUGGAUUCAUCAAUGUUUGGAACCUUUCAAUCUCAGAUUGGUGAUGAAAUUGCAAGCAAUACAGAUUUGGUACAUUCUGACGAUGUUUUGAUCCAUAUGAGUGAAAUAAUUCCACAAAUCUGGAAAUCAAAUAAAUACAAAAUCAUUGCAAAAAAUCACAUUGCCGGAUAUACAAAACGAUUGCAAUCAAUAAUUGACAAUAAUGGCAAUAUAAUUACUAAAUAUAAAACAACAUCAAUAGAAAAUCGAAAUAGUCAAGGUUAUUUUCAUGUUGAACCAUAUUUAGUCCAUUUAUCAGAAUGGUUAUCACAUAUUGAAGUUGGAUAUCAUUCUGGUUAUAAUAUGAUACAUUUUACACCAAUUCAAUCUCUUUCUAAUAUAUCAAAUUCAUCAUAUUCAAUAAAAAAUCAUGAUAAAUUAAAUGAAAAUUUUCAAGGAACAUUUGAAGAAUUAAAAAUUUUAAUUGAUCAAAUGGCUAAACAAUGGAAAAUAUUAUCAAUAACUGAUCUUGUUUAUAAUCAUGUUGCAAAUGAUUGUCAAUUACUUAAAGAACAUCCAGAAUCUGCUUAUAAUUUAAUAAAUUCUACACAUUUAAAACCAGCUGUACUUCUUGUUUCAAUAUUAAUACAAUUUACUCGUGAUGUAAAACAUCAUUUACAAUUAACUCGUCAUUAUUUACUUGAUGAAAUUAUUCCAAAAUAUCGUUUAUGGGAAUAUUAUAUAUGUGAUAUUGAUUUAUUAAUUGAACGAUUUAAUAAAAAAUUAUCUUUAUUAGAUGAUUGUCCUGAUAAACCUUUAUAG